CAACUAAACUUCACCAAUUUUGCAUAUAUAAAUUAUUCGACGACCACGUUCUUUGUACUUUCUCAACAAGGCAUCGCCCACAGAACUCGUCGCGAUGAAGCUCGUGUCCCGACACACGCCAAAGGAUGCGGAACAGGAGAGCAUCACGCUUCUGCCUGAAGAUGCCGAGGACAUGUGGCACGCAUACAACCUCGUCGUCCCCGGAGACCUCGUCCACGCCCACGCCGUCCGCAAGGUUGGUGUCGCCAACGAAGGCACCGGCGCCGUCACCUCGCAGCGAGUUCAUACCAACCUCACUGUCAAAGUUAGCAAGACAGAGUUCGAUCCGGCAACAGCCUCUCUCCGUGUCGCCGGCCCUGUCGUCUCCGAAAACGACCAUGUCUCCAUGGGCUCAUACCACACGCUCGAUAUCGAGGCCAAUCGCCAGUUUACAAUCGUCAAGGAGCACGGAUGGGACUCGGUGGCCAAAGAAGCGCUUAGUGUUGCUCUCUCUGACGACAAGAACGGCGCCUUGGCUGCCGUGGUCAUGCAAGAGGGCCUUGCCAACAUCUGCCUGAUUACCGAGUUCCGAACCGUCGUCAAGACCAAGAUCGAAGUCCCUGUUCCCAAAAAGAGAGAUACUGCAGCCACACAAGACGCAGGCCUGAUACGCUUCUUCGAUAAAACACUACAGUCCCUCCUCCGCGCGGCUGACUUUACAAACGCACGACCGCUGCUACUCGCCAGCCCGGGCUUCGUGGCCAACGACUUUAAAGAGUACAUCACCAAGCAGGGCCGUGAUAAGUCGGACAAGCUCUUGACAACGCUAGCUAAAAAUGCGACCGUCAUCCACUCGAAUACAGGCCAUGUCUACGCUCUCAACCAGGUACUGCAGAGCGCCGAAGUCAAGGCCACCAUGAAGGACAUGAACUUUUCCAAAGAAGCCCGCUACUUUGACAACUUUUUCGACAUGCUCAAGCUGGAUGAUGGCCGUGCAUGGUAUGGUAGCCGCGCGGUAGAAAAGGCUGUAGAGGACGGCGCUGUUGGUACGGGCGGUGGCGUGUUGCUCAUCAACAACUCGCUCUUCCGAUCGCAAGAUUUGGCUGUGCGCAAAAAGUACGUCGCGCUUGUUGACAAGGUCAAGGCAGACGGUGGUGAGGCUAGAAUUUUGAGCAGUGAUCAUGAGAGUGGGCAGCGGUUGAAGAUGAUGGGUGACAUUGCGGCGAUUCUUAAUUAUCCUAUGCUGGAUUUGGACGAUGAAGAGGAGGAUGAACAGCAAGCUGCUGCACCGCCACGAAGGGUAGAGGAGGAUGAUUUGGAUAUGCUGGACAGUGUGAUUUAAGAAAUUAAAGAAAUAGAAAAGAAGUAAAAUUACAUGUUACGAGGUUUAUGACGCAUUUUAGAUACAAAUAUAUCAACGUUCCACUUCAA